GGUGUGUGACUAUCCACUUAGUCUGCCCUGAAGCUGCCCAGUGACCGGGAGUUCGGCGCAGGUCUGGGCUGACGUCGCCGCCCAGAUGGCCUCCAGGCUGACCCCACUGACCCUCCUGCUGCUGCUGCUGGCUGGGGAUAGAGCCUCCUCAAAUCUGAUUGGUAUCAGCCCCGUGGAUCCAGAGAGCUUACAAGGAGGGGAAAGUGAAGGAGAUAUCCCCAAAGGAGAUAUUCCCAACAAUGUAUCCAUUAAAGACACCGAGGGCUCUUCCACGCUGCUGAAAACCAACUUGACCAUCGAAACAGUCAAUACCACCCAGCCCUUCAACCAGUCCACCACUCAACCCAUCCAACCAACAACCCAGGCCACGACUAAGCCCUUCUGCCCAGCACCUGUCACCUCCUGCUCUGACUUGGAGAGUCAUUCAGCAGAGGCCGUGCUGGGGGAGGCUUUGACAGAUUUCUCCCUGAAUCUCUACCACACUUUCUCAGUAAUGAAGGAGGAGGAGACCAACAUUGUCUUUUCCCCGUUCAGCAUCGCCAGCCUCCUCACUCAAGUCCUGCUCGGGGCUAGAGGAGAAACCAAGGAAAGCCUGGAGCGACUCCUCUCUUACCCCAAAGACUUUACCUGUGUCCACCAGGCCCUGAAGGCCUCCAGGUCCAAAGGCUUUACCACAGUCUCUCAAAUCUUCCACAGCCCAGACCUGGCUAUAAGGGACACCUUUGCGAAUGCCUCUCAGAGCCUGUAUGGCAACAGCCCCAAAGCCCUGGCAAAUGACAGUAAAGUCAACUUGGAGUUCAUCAACGCCUGGGUGGCCAAGAAGACCAACCACAAGAUCAGGCAACUGCUAGACAGCCUGCCCGAUGACUUCCGCCUGGUCCUUCUCAACGCUAUCUACCUGAGUGCCAAGUGGAAGACAACAUUUAACCACAGCAGAACAAAUACGAAGGGCUUUUACAGUGGAUCCUCUGUGAUAAAAGUGCCCAUGAUGAAUAGCAAGAAGUACCCUGUGGCCCAUUUCACAGACCCGACUUUGAAGGCCAAGGUGGGCCGUCUGCAGCUGUCCCACAACCUGAGCUUUGUGAUCCUGGUGCCCCAGACCUUGAAACACCGUCUUGAAGACAUGGAGCAGGCUCUCAGCCCCCCUGUCUUCAAGGCCAUCAUGAGGAAGCUGGAGUCGGCCAAGUUCCAUCCUACUCACCUGAUGAUACCUCGCAUCAAAGUAAAGAGCAACCAGGACCUGCUGGAAUUCUUUGACUUUACCUACAACAUCAACCUGUGCGGGCUGACAGAGGACCCGGAUCUGCAGCUUUCUGCGAUGCAGCAUCAGUCCAUGCUGGAGCUGACAGAGAGCGGCGUGGAGGCGGCUGCAGCCUCCGCUAUCUCUGUGGCCCGCAGUUUGCUGGUCUUUGAAGUGCAGCAGCCCUUCCUCUUUGUGCUCUGGGACCAGCAGCACAAGUUCCCGGUCUUCAUGGGGCGGAUAUAUGACCCCAGGACCUGAGACCUGCGGGAGGCCGACCAGGGCAAGCCCUACCCCUCUGGCCUCAGCUCUUCUAGUCGCAGCCCUGCUGCUGCCUGCCUGGACUUGUCCCCAGCUGCCUCCCAUCUCAGGUCUGCCCUCCACCUGAAGGGCUCCCGUGGGGUCUGGUGAGGGGACCUGCUUCUAUCAUCCCUUCCCUGUGACUCUCCAAAGCACUUUUUGCAGCUUUCUCUGGUACAAAUACAGCAGACUACAAAUAAAACCUGGCAGACCAUGA